AUGGCUGCGACCCAGAAGCUGUAUCCCCGAGGCACUGUGAAACGGAUUGUCAAGGCUCACUCAAACAAGAGUGUGAGCAAAAAUGCUGAUAUCCUGAUCUUUUUGGAUUACAUGCUAUUCAUGCAAGAGCUGAUGCGCGAGGCCUCCAUCCGAUCACGCAAGUCCGGCGAAAAGAACAUCUCAGCCAACUCGAUUCGCAAAGUCACAGAGAAAACCCUCCGCAAAUUCAAAGGAUGA